GAGUUUGUACAGAGUCGCCGACAUGACCGAGACCGCAGCUGCUGAAGUUGCACCGCCAGCGGAGCCUGCCGCUGCAACCAAGGCUCCCAAGAAGAAGAAGACGACCGCCCGGACCAAGACAGCCGGUCCCAAACUGGGCGAACAGAUCGACAAGAUUGUGGCGGAUUGCCGCAGUCACCGAGGGGUGUCUAUAGUCGCGAUAAAGAAGGAGUUGGCCGCAAACGGUGUCGAUGUGGAAAAGCUCAAAAGUCAGAUCAAGAUGGUCAUUAAAAGGAAAUUGGAAAGCGGUUCCCUGGUUCACACCAAGGGCGCAGGUGCCUCCGGCUCCUUGAAGGCCGCUAAAAAGGACAGUACCGCAAAAAUCGUGAAAAAAACGAAGAAACCAGCGGGUAAGAAAUCACAGAUCAAGAAGCCGGCGAUCAAGAAAACUGCGUCUAAGAAAGCAGCAAAGAAAUCUCCCGCCAAGAAACAAAGUGUUAAGAAACCGACGGCUAAAAAAGCGGCAGCUAAGAAACCGGCGGCGAAAAAGGCUGCGCAGAAGCCCAAGAGCCCCAAGAAGGUCGCAGCUCCGAAGGCGAAGGCGCCCAAGAAAUCGGCAAAACCCAAACCGAAGGCAAAAUCCGUGAAAGCCAGGAAGACGGCUGCCAAAAAGUAAAUAAAAAUGC